UCACGGCGGCCCCAGCGGCAUCUGCGCUGUCCCGGCGCUCGGGGGUGGCUUGUCCCCGUCCCCGCUGCGGGGACUGCGGGAGGGGACGGGCGCUGGGUGGCCCUCGCUGUGUCCCUGGUGCGUGCAGCCUUUCCCAUGACCCCGGGGCCGGCAGUGCAGCAGGGUGGGUGAGGUGGCCGCGGCCAGCUUGGGGACACUGCAGGGUCACCAUCCCUGUCCCCCUCGCACGCACACGGCUGCCAGGUGACUCAGCUUGGGGUGCCCCUGGGCUGUCGCCAGCGUGUCCCCAGGGGCCAGGGCUUGGCUUCUGCGUCGGUUUCUGUCCUUCGAUGUCCCCUGGCUCCGUGCCGUGGCUGGGAUAUUGUCCCCUCCGUGGGACACGGCGCCUCGAGACGGGGCUGAUGGAGGCUUUGGGGCUUUGGAGGACUUGGGACAGUGGUGCUGGUGACAGGUAGGAGGAGGGACCGGCAGGAGCCAGCCCGUCCCGGGUCUCUGGAGCUGGGAGCUUCAGGGCAGUGGGUCCUGUCCCAGCUGGGUGACAUGGGACAGCCUGGCUCUGCUGAUCCCAAGUCCCAGAGCCCACUGUGCCAGCCGGGAGCUGAGAGGCUCCAUGUGCACCGAGCUGUGCCCGUUCUCAGCAGCAGCCGGAGGAGCCAGCAGGGCCAGACCGGGCACCAGUGUCACCACAGGGUCACCGAGCCGGAGCACGCUGCACAGAGCGAGAUGGUGGCACAGAGAACCCGGCAGCAUCCCCUGGGCUGAGGUCCCUGUGCCACGCGCCCCGUGCCAGCCUUGUCCCCUGUCCCCUCACAGCUUUGACCUGGAGAAUGGUCCCCCAGGCCGGGGCGCGCUGGACCCCCAGGCCAGCCCGGGCGCGGGGCUGGUCCUGCAGGGCACCUUCACCCAUGGCCAGCGCCGCGAGUCCUUCCUGUACCGCUCCGACAGCGACUACGACCUGUCCCCAAAAGCCAUGUCCCGCAACUCCUCCAUCGCCAGCGACCUGCACGGAGAAGACAUGAUCGUCACACCCUUUGCCCAGGUCCUGGCCAGCCUCCGCACUGUCCGCAGCAACCUGACCCACCUCCAGGACCGCGCCGGCAUCAAGCGAGGAUCGAGCAGCAGCCUGCCCUCGGGGAGCAAGACCAGCCUCUCCGCAGAAGAUGCCCACCAGAAGCUCUCACGGGAGACCCUGGAGGAGCUGGAUUGGUGCUUGGACCAGCUGGAGACGCUGCAGACCAGGCACUCGGUCAGCGAGAUGGCCUCCAACAAGUUCAAGCGGAUGCUGAACCGGGAGCUGUCGCACCUCUCGGAGACCAGCCGCUCCGGGAACCAGGUCUCCGAGUACAUCUCCAGCACCUUCCUGGACAAGCAGCACGAGGUGGAGAUCCCCUCGGCACUGGCAAAGGACAAGGAGAAGGAGCGGAGGAAGCGCCCCAUGUCCCAGAUCAGCGGCGUCAGGAAGCUGAAGCACGGCUCCAGCCUGGCCGCCGCCGGCAUCCCCCGCUUCGGGGUGCGCACGGACCACGAGGUGCUGCUGGCCAAGGAGCUGGAGGACACCAACAAGUGGGGGCUCGACGUGUUCAAAGUCGCCGAGUACUCGGGGAACCGCCCGCUGACCGUCAUCAUGUACAGCAUCUUCCAGGAGCGUGACCUGAUGAAGACCUUCCGCAUCCCCGUCAACACCUUCAUCACCUACAUGCUGACGCUGGAGGAUCACUACCACGCCGACGUGGCCUACCACAACAACCUGCACGCCGCCGACGUGGCGCAGUCCACGCACGUCCUCCUCUCCACACCUGCGCUGGAGGCCGUCUUCACAGACCUGGAGAUCAUGGCUGCCAUCUUCGCCAGCGCCAUCCACGACGUUGAUCACCCCGGCGUCUCCAACCAGUUCCUCAUCAACACCAACUCGGAGCUGGCGCUGAUGUACAACGACGCCUCGGUGCUGGAGAAUCACCACCUGGCCGUGGGCUUCAAGCUCCUCCAGGAGGAGAACUGCGACAUCUUCCAGAACCUGAGCAGGAAGCAGAGGCAGACGCUCCGUAAAAUGGUCAUCGACAUGGUGUUGGCCACGGACAUGUCCAAGCACAUGAACCUGCUGGCGGAUCUGAAGACCAUGGUGGAGACCAAGAAGGUGACCAGCCUGGGGGUGCUGCUGCUGGACAACUACUCUGACCGGAUCCAGGUCCUGCAGAACAUGGUGCACUGCGCCGACCUCAGCAACCCCACGAAGCCUCUGGAGCUGUACCGGCAGUGGACCGAUCGCAUCAUGGUGGAGUUCUUCCACCAGGGAGACCGGGAGCGGGAGAAGGGCAUGGAGAUCAGCCCCAUGUGUGACAAGCACACCGCUUCCGUGGAGAAGUCUCAGGUGGGAUUCAUUGACUUCAUCGCCCACCCGCUCUGGGAGACGUGGGCCGACCUCGUGCACCCCGACGCCCAGGAGCUGCUGGACACGCUGGAGGACAACCGGGAAUGGUACCAGAGCAUGAUCCCGCGCAGCCCCUCCCCUCCGCCCGAGGGACCCGCCGUGUCCCCCGCCACCACCGACAAGUUCCAGUUCGAGCUGACGCUGGAGGAGGAGGAGGAGGAGGGUGAGUCGGACACGGAGCUGGAGGGCGCCGAGAGCCCCUUGGACGAGGACAACAGCGGCUCCAAGACACCCGGCACGGAUGACUCAGAGUCUGCCGACACCAAGCGCCUGUCCCCCGGCCCCGGGGACCGGGACUCGCCCGUCCCCCGCCCCAGGGACGUGGACAACCAGCGGGCGCUGGAGGGGACCCUGCCGAAGGACGGUGGCAGCGGGUGCUCCGUGCCAGGGCCCGAGGGCAGCCAGGGGCUGUGUCUGGACACAGAGGGCAAUGUCACAUUCCUGUCCCUGGGCACGUAGCAGCACCGUGGGUCCCCUCGCUGCCCGGGGACAGCGGGGAGCUGGCACCGGGGAGCACCGGCACUGUAGGGACUUGGAGGCACCCGGGUUGUGUCCCCGUUUGUCAGCUGGGCAGGUCCUGACAGGUACGAGGACGCUGCUGUCCUUCUCCCUGCUGCCAGCUGCUGGGAAAGGUCCCUGUCCCCCUCAGACAGGGCGUGGGGACACCGUGCUGUGGCCCCAGCCCUGUGCCGGGCACAUCCCACCCCGCAGGGCUGGAGGAAGGUUCCAGCACCUUUCCAGGUGUCCCCUUGCAGGACAGCAGCCUCAUGGUGGGAUGAGGUGGGCAGAGGGUGCUGCUGGCACCCCCAGGCACCGGCGCACGGCACGGGCACGACUCCGUGGUUUAUUUAUUUGGGAAUAGGUUCACUUUUUAAAGCCUUUUGUAGCUCACUUUUUACUACGAGCCUCUCCGAAGCUCACACACAUUUUUGGGGCGGAAAGGUGCAUUUUUGGGGAGGGAAGUUGCAUUUCCCCUCUUCGAUCACUCAAGACACCAUUUGUAUUUCACAUUUCGGACCCUGGCGGGUGCUGUCACCCACUCCACCCCCCCAUCUCCAGCGUUCUGCCUGGGGCAGGGUCCUUUGGGAUUCUUCCUUCACCUUCCAGAGAUUAAACCCGGUUUGUUCCACCCUAAA